AUGGAGCAUGGCAAAGAGCAGGCUGCAGCUGUCUUUGGCACGUCUGUUUGGCACCAGAGGAGUCCCAGUUUUUAUCCUGUGGAGCUGCUUUUUCUUGUCGGUGUUGUGGAUAAAAUUGAAGAAGCACAAAAACAGCUUAAUGGAACAGAAGACCAACAGAGAGAAAUCACCGAUGCUGGUACUAGAGGAACCCAAGAUACAGUUAAGGGUGUGAAAAGAAAAAAGAUUGUGACUGAAAACCACCUAAAGAAAAUACCAAAAUCGCCUUUAAGAAGCCCUGCCGAAGCCAAGGUUAAGCAAAAUGUAGACCCAUCACCACUAAAAGCUCUUUUGGAUGCCUCGGAACACGCCACGGCACAGGAUCACCCGCCCGUGCAAAAUGGAAAUCAAUGUACCAAACAGAACGGGGGAGCGCUUAGUAGUGAGAUAAGUGUUGAAACAACCAAAUCUGAGACAUCAAUGCAGACAAAGCUUUCGUUGACGCAUCAGUCCUUAGAUUUGGGUAAACGGGCAGUGGAGGAUACUGAUGCAAACCAACUGAACUCACCAGAGAAGAAGUCUCUCUCAAACUCCUCAUCAAGUAAAACAAAGACUGACAGUAAUGAAUGUAUUAAUUUUGUUGAUUGCAGUACGUCAUCCCCAUGUACACGUACCGCAUUCGAUGUCUUAUUAAAAGCUAUGGAGCCUGAACUGAACACCUUAGCACAAGAGUGCCCCCCUUAUGGGAUGCAGAUAGAGAAACUGAGACCAAAUAAAACUGUAAGCACCUCUUCUAGUCUCACGUCCAAUACAAUGAGCGUUCAAAAUCAGUCCGCUUUGUCACAGCAUGAAUUUGCAGCUGGACCUCACUAUUACCCGUGUACGUUAAACAAUGUGCAUGUAGCAGCAACAGCCAAGACUGGACAAGCACAAGGCCAAUCGGUUUCUCAGUCGCAAGAUCUUAUUACUAAAGCUAGUCAACAAAAUCACCAGGUUGUUAUGUGUCCAAGUUUCACUAGGUCGCUGGUGCAACAGCAGAGUCAAGAAAACCCCAAGCUCCAGCAGAUAUACAGCAUUGCGGUAACUUCAUCUGUUGUUCCCACCUCAUCUUCCACUGUAACUCAGGUUUUUCCUCAAAACCAGUUAGUAGCUAGUUCAUCUUCACCUUUGUCAAUUAGCACAUCGAGUUCAACACACUUGUCUAUAGGUCCCAUGUAUAAUUCAGCCCAGAUAGCUUCAGUUGUAAACCACGGUGUAGAACAAAUAUGUAACCUCUUGAAAGACCAGAAGCCUAAAAAACUAGGGAAAUACGUCUGUGAGUAUUGCAACCGGGCCUGUGCCAAGCCCAGCGUUCUCCAAAAGCACAUCCGAUCCCAUACUGGAGAGCGACCGUAUCCUUGUGUGACGUGUGGGUUUUCAUUUAAAACCAAAAGCAAUCUGUACAAGCACAAAAAAUCUCAUGCGCAUGCUAUCAAACUUGGACUUGUCCUACAACCAGAUUCAGGUGGCCUCUUCUUGUCUCAUGACUCAGACAAAGCACUUAGCAUUCAUUCAGACGUGGAAGAAAGCGGUGAAAGUGAGGAUGAGGGCACUGCUGAUGAAAGACAAGAUGAUCAAGAACUGGAACCCACACAAAUAGUGAAAGUCAUUUCGAGUGCAGAAACAUUAAGGAAAGGAAGUCCUAUUCCACUCAGCAACCCAGACUGUCUACCAGGUGACUCUUCAUUACAUGAUACAGAACCUCAAGUAAGGGCAGCUUUACCAAAAGUUGUAGUUCAUCCUGUAAAUGUUUCUCCAUUAAGGGCUGAUAGCCCCAAAGUAACAGAACCAGCACCCGAGCUUGCAGCAGCACAGAGAAAAGGAGAUUUUAAAGUGACAACUCUCCAGUCAAACGUAACACACACAGCCUCGUUCAAGGAGAGUGACAUAAAGCAACAUCAGAAAGUAGAAAUGGGCCUGUCAGAGGAACAGCUGGGGUCUGCAGUAGGAACAGUGCAUGCUCAGCUCCAGAGACAACAGGCAACCGAAGGUUCCCAAGAUCAGCAAGGAAAAAGUCUGUUGAGCCCUAGAAGUUUGGGUAGUACUGAUUCUGGUUAUUUUUCUCGUUCUGAAAGUGCCGAUCAAACGAUGAGCCCACCAGCUCCUUUUGUAAGAGGAUUGCUGACCUCUGAGAAAGAUCCAAAUAAAAAUCUGCCCUGUGUGCCACGAGGAAGCGGUGUGGUAGCAUCAGUGGUACAGACUGUUUGUUCUGAAAAAAACCUGAUUCUCUCAGGCCAAAUGCGACCUCCCAUGGCGACAAAAACCCUUGAGGAGCGGAUCUCAAAGUUAAUUUCUGAUAAUGAAGCUGUUGUGGAUGACAAACAGUUAGAUAGUGUGAAACCAAGAAGAACAUCUCUUUCAAGAAGGGGAAGCAUAGAUUCACCAAAAUCCUACAUAUUUAAAGACUCUUUCCAGUUUGAUUUAAAGCCCAUGGGAAGAAGAACUAGCUCAAGCUCUGAUAUACCAAAGUCUCCUUUCACACCCACUGAGAAAUCAAAGCAAGUUUUCCUUCUUUCUGUACCAUCCCUUGACUGUUUACCUAUAACACGAAGUAAUUCCAUGCCUACUACCAGUUACUCAGCAGUACCUCCAAAUGUAAUACCUCCCCCUCAUCCCCUUCGAGGAAGUCAGUCAUUUGAUGAUAAAAUUGGCUCCUUAUACGAUGAUGUUUUUGUAUCUGGACCUGCUACUCCACUGAACCAAGGCGGACAUCCUCGGCCCCUUGUUAGACAGGCAGCAAUAGAAGAUUCUUCUACUGGCGAAAACCAAAUUCUGGGACCAGUGCGACCUCCAGAAGAAAGUUAUCUGGGGUGUAAUUUAUCAAAUGAAUCUUUAUUGCAAAGGAGUAAGUCCCUAGCACAGGCAUCAAGUUUAGAAAAAACAAAGAAGUCCCCUCAGGUGCGAGGAACAAUGUUUGAGUGUGAAACCUGCAGAAACAGGUAUAGAAAACUGGAAAAUUUUGAAAACCACAAGAAAUUUUAUUGUUCAGAGUUGCAUGGACCUAAAACUAAAGCAGCAAUCCGAGAGCCUGAGCAUAAAAAUGUUCCAAAUAGUACACAGCCUCAAAUUCUACACUACAGAGUCACUACUUCAACUGGCGUCUGGGAGCAGACACCCCAGAUAAGGAAAAGGAGGAAAAUGAAAAGUGUUGGUGAUGACGAUGACCCUCAGCAAAACGAUACAAGCAUACCAUCAAAGAACGCAGAAGUCCAAAGCAAGCCAGCAAAUUCUUCCAGUCUGUCGAAACACAGUGCGACAACAGUGGUGGGAUCACAACAGCCAAGCAACCUUCUACUUCAGAGUUCCCAAAUUCAGCUUGUGGCUCGAGGUACAGAUCAGACUACUGAGCCAAAGAUGGCUCCGCUCAUUGAAAAGCAGCCAAGUUCAGUUGUGCAAGAGAAGGUGGAGUUGAAGAGACAAGGGACUGGCAUUUCAGUAAUACAGCACACCAAUUCACUGAGCAGAAACAGCUCAUUUGAGAAAUCAGAGUCGUUUGAAAGAGUAUCACCAGUUUCUUCUCAAGAGCCCAACAAGGUUGCGAAGCACCGCUCCGUGAAUACGAUUGUCAUCCAGGAGGACAGACACUCUCAUCUGAAUAGUCCCCAACAUCAUCAACCUCUGUCGUCAGAAGCACCUAGAGGGGACGUUCAGGGAAGCCAAAUAGUUUCUAAUGAGAGAAGCGCACCGCUUCAGCCGUCGAGACUUGUUCGUCAGCAUAACAUCCAGGUUCCUGAAAUACUGGUCACAGAAGAACCAGACAGGGACCAAGAAAACCAAUGCAGCGAUCAGGAAAAGACAGAAAGGUUUAAUUGGCCACAGCGCAGCGAAACGCUGUCAAAACUGCCAACAGAAAAGCUUCCACCAAAGAAGAAAAGAAUUCGCUUGGCUGAAAUGGAGCAUUCAUCUGCCGAGUCAAGUGUUGACUCCACGCUUUCCAGAAGCCUAAGUCGGGAGAGUAGUUUAUCUCAUGCCUCCAGUUUCUCAGCUUCACUCGAUAAAGAUGAAACUUUGAAGGCUGAGAACCCUUCCAAAGCAGAACCUGUUAGCAAGUCGUCAGAGUUCCUCUUGAUUCCCGCUGGCUCACACGCGCUGGCUGUGCCUGGCCCUCACUGCAGGGAAAUGAGACGUGCCGCCUCGGAGCAGAUUAGCUGCACGCAGCCGUCAAUGGAGGUUGUGGACUACAGGAGUAAGUCUUUUGACUGUGGGAGCAUGUCUCCCUCAAGACCUGCCUCGCUCGUAGAGAUAGCUGCUCCAAAAGCAUCAUCUGCAAAUGGAGUUACUGGGCACGUGCCUCUGCUAGAAAGGAGAAGGGGGCCAUUUGUAAGACAGAUAUCUUUAAAUAUUGCUCCAGAAAGUCAUCAGCCUCAAGUUCAAUCGACUUCCUCAUUUCAAACAGCUCACGCUACGGAUGUGCCCACAGUGCCAUUGCACAGGCUGCAGACCUCCAGCAAAUCUUUGGUAGAGUUUCCUUCAAGUACUCAGCAUUCACAGUCUCACUCCAGGCCUCCUCACUCAGCAAUUCAGAAUUGUAACCCUGUUACCCUGUCUUCAGUUCAGCAGCCUCUAGAUCGCGUGUUGAAUAAUAAAGGACAGCCAUCCUCAACACAUCAGCUUUCCCAGACAUCGACCAAACCAUCAGCCCAAGGGGAACAAGUGAGCACGUACCUACUUUCUUGUCAUCCCGAGGAAAAGAAGGAUUGUUUUGCUCCAAAAUAUCAACUUCAAGUUAAAACAUUACAUAUAGGUCAGCCAUACUCUUCUAAAUUACUAAAAAAUACUUUAUCAACUCAGACAGUUCCAAGUCAAGUUGGGGUGGACCAGAACACAUCCUCUUUUGAAUUGCAGACUAAACUGUCGGACGUGUCUAAUCCAUACUCUGUGCCUCCUCUAAAGCAAAUUGUCCCAAAUAACUGCAGCAGUCAAGUGCACCAGAUUCCUCCUUUCGUGGUUCCCGUCCGUAUUCACAGCAGUAUGCCAUCCUAUGGCUUUGCAACUGUUACACCCCUUCCUCACAUUUUAGUGACCCAGGAUCAGGUCAAUCCAUCUGUUUGCAAAACAAAUGUUGCAACAGUGCCAACACUUGAAGGCAAAACUCAACUGCCAAAAUCUCACAAAGAUCAUCAGAGGACUUUGCCAAAUUCGUUUGAAUUUGAAAAUUCACUACCAGAAAGUGGAACCAGAAAUUCACCUUUGUCAAGCUCUUUGAACAUUAUUCAGAAAGUGCCAGUUAGCGGACUCUUCCCUCAACAAGAAGCUACAGCUUCAAGUAAACGAAUGCUUUCCCCAGCCAACAGUUUAGAUAUUGCCAUGGAGAAACAGCAAAAACGUGUUAAAGAUGAGAGUGGAGCUGCUUGCGUGACAGAUGCUAGACCAUUGCAUUCACUGAACGUUAGAUCUAAUGACCCUACUAGUAAGCAGAAGAAACCAGUUUUGGUAAGGCAGGUUUGCACCACAGAGCCUCUUGAAAAUCACCUCUUAGAUCCUGAUGGUGUUGCACAGCAUGAAAAAAGCAGCAAAGCUGGUACUUCAGACCUGCUGUUGCCUGACUGUCAUUCCUCUGACACUGGGGUUUCAGAGACCCGAAAGGAGUCACCAGAAUCUGAAGACCAUCAGUCUUCAGCAUCACCAGUGUCUGUAGUUAGAAAACCAUCUGAAUUGUCUCCAGUGAAUAAUGAGAGUUCUCUUCUCAAGGCUGUAAGCAGCAGUCAAGAAAGAAGGUCCCCAAGUAACAGCAGUGAGAGCAAACAAAUCAAUAGCCAGGGGCAAGCAAAUCCUGUAACUAUGUUGGCUGCCAUGAACACAGGAGAAAUGCAGAGGUUGUCAUUUCCAAGCCUCAAGACCUCAACAAGUUUUACCUGGUGUUACCUCCUGAAGAGAAAACCAUUGCAUCUGCUGCAAAACGAUCAGAAAAUCUCAGCCUAUUCUACCUGGACCAUUAGUCCCAACAAUCCCAAUCCUCUUGGUUUGUCGACAAAAGUAGCUCUCUCCCUCCUCAAUUCAAAACAAAAAGUUGAAAAACCGCUCUACACUCAAGCAAGAACUUCUCACCCCAGAUCUGAUGUAUUGGUCUAUUCAAGCAAGUGGAAGAACAGCUUAACCAAGAGAGCAUUAAAUCGAAAAAAAAUGGCUGUAACCGAAUUCAGCAACAAGGAAAACUCUGAAUCAAGCACUGAGCACAAUAAAGAAAAUUCCUUUGUCAAAACUGAACCAAGAAGAGUUAAAAUAUUUGAUGGAGGGUACAAGUCAAAUGAAGAUUAUGUGUAUGUUCGGGGGAGAGGGAGAGGGAAAUAUAUCUGUGAAGAAUGUGGAAUACGUUGCAAGAAACCCAGCAUGCUCAAGAAGCAUAUUCGCACCCAUACAGAUGUCCGUCCUUACCACUGCAAUUACUGCAACUUUUCCUUCAAAACUAAAGGAAAUUUAACAAAACAUAUGAAGUCAAAGGCACAUAGCAAGAAAUGCCUGGAUUUGGGAGUCUCAGUAGGCUUAAUAGAGGACCAGGAUGGAGAAGAAGAACUUGGUGAGAAGCAAAGAUUUGGCUAUGACCGGUCAGGAUAUGACGUGGAGGAGUCUGAUGGUGCGGAUGAAGAUGAAAAUGACAAUGAAGAUGAUGAUGAAGACAGCCAGGCUGAGUCAGUCCUAUCCACAACCCCCUCGGUGACAGCCAGCCCCCAGCAUCACCCCUCUCGACACGGCCUGCAGGACACCGCCAGCGCUGAUGAAGACAUCAGACUUCCAGACUGUUUUGCUGGAGUUCACACGGACUCUAUGGAUGGGCUUCCAAAGGCGCUGCUGACAAAGAUGACAGUCCUGAGCACAGUGCAGUCGGUGAGCAGGAUCUCCAGGUCACCAGCAGAAUUCACCCAUCAGGAAGCACAUGAGGAUAAAGCCCAGGAGAGAGGAGCAGGUUCCCGUAGUGCUAGUGAAGCAUUGGUCGAUGUCGCUCCUACAUCUCCAGGUCGCCAGAUGUCUGUGGAUUACCCUGAUCCAGAAGCAGCCUUGGGCCGCUCCUUAAUACCAACUGCAGCUCUUACGAAGAGCACCCCCUCCGUCAGCUCUCCCUCUUCGCCAGCGGACCGCAGCCUGCAGACGACAGCUCCAUCGCCCUAUGUGGAAAUCCCUGAGGAGAAGCUGUCCGGGUGCCCGCAGCAACCCACCAAGCUGAGGGCUCCCCAGACUCACCUCUUCAGCCAC